GGGACCUGAGAAGUGGAAGAUGCAUGGCUGCUGCUCCAUGUCCUCCGCGUUAAUGCUAUCAACCAACCCUAAUCACAUAAUCCAUCCUACUCUCCGUCCCCUAUAAACGCACCCAUAUGUUCUUCUUCUGGCUUCUCCCCUUCCUCCUCUCAUCAGACACCCGCAUAUCUACUCCACUCCUUCUCGAUGGCUCGCGUUGAGCUCCGGCAGGCGGUGCCGGUGACAUGUUGGCUGCUGCUGCUGUUCUCCGCAUUCGGAUCAGUUCGGCCGGCGCCGCAAGUCCCAUGCUACUUCAUCUUCGGAGACUCCCUUGUCGACAAUGGCAACAACAACAACAUGGCGUCGUUGGCGGUGGCGAACUACCCGCCCUACGGCAUCGAUUUCCCCGGCGGCCCCAGCGGAAGGUUCAGCAAUGGCUUGACCACCGUGGACGCAAUUGCUUCACUGUUAGGUUUCGAGGACUUCAUCCCACCCUACGCAAACACAAGAGGGCAAGCACUGCUCUCCGGCGUCAACUUCGCGUCUGCGGCUGCUGGAAUACGGGAGGAAACCGGGCGGCAACUGGGUGGGAGAACUCCUUUCAGCGGCCAGUUGCAGAACUACCAGCAAGCCGUGCAGCAGAUGGUCAACAUCCUGGGCGACGAAGACACUGCAGCGAACUACCUUAGAAAGUGCAUCUUCUCCGUCGGCAUGGGCAGCAAUGACUACCUCAACAACUACUUCAUGCCGGCGUUCUACCCGACCGGGCAACAGUACACCCCGGAGGAAUACGCCGACGACCUCAUCGCACAGUACGCUCGGCAGCUAAAGGUACUGUACAACUACGGGGCGAGGAAGGUGGCGUUGAUAGGAGUGGGUCGGGUGGGGUGCAGCCCUAACGAGCUUGCGCAGCGAAGCCCUAAUGGCAUCACCUGCGUCGAGGAGAUCGACAGCGCCAUUCGAAUCUUCAACUCGAAGCUGAUGAGACUGGUGGAUGAGUUCAACACCUUGGACGGUGCACACUUCACCUACAUCAAUGGUUAUGGGAUCUUCGAUGACAUCUUGAAGCAUUCUGCAGCUUACGGUCUUAGGGUUACCAACAGGGGGUGCUGUGGAGUGGGAAGGAACAAUGGCCAGAUCACAUGCUUGCCCUACCAAGCUCCAUGCCCGGACAGGAACAGGUACCUCUUCUGGGAUGCCUUCCAUCCAUCAGAAGCUGCAAACAUCAUCGUCGGCAAGAGGUCUUACAGUGCUCAAUCUUCGUCUGAUGUCUACCCCAUGGACAUCCGAACCCUAGCACGUAUCUGAUGUCCUCCCAUUAGGGUUGACGCAUGAGUGAUCUUUCUCCUACUAAACUGUCCUUUGUCGUUGUUUACUUUAAAGAAGGUUCCUUAAUCAUUAUCUUUUGAUCGAGGAAUCAGAUAAGACUCGUUUACCCUUCA